UCACUCACUUUUGGACAUGAGAUGAAACCCUUAUAAUAAUCCUGCCAUACAAACCAGAAUGCAUGACUGUUUCACGAGAGACAUAAACUUCUCUGGCUGAGCCCUUGCUCGCCCACGUGCCCCGGUAAAACUGGAAAAGCCUCCGGGUCACCAGUAAUCGCUCAAACAUAAAAAAAGACAUAGAUAAGAUGGACGGACUCACUCGUGUCGAUCUACCUUCCACUAGCGAACUGACUCUCUCUUUUCUUGACUGAACAUCACAUAAUUACGUAAGGUUGACUUCUAGAAGAGUAGCUACCGACUCGCCGAACAGAUGAGAUUAUUAAUAAAAUAAUAUUUUGUCUUCUAUAUACGUAAACAAGAGUUGCAACAUUAGGAACACGCUGUAAUGUAAUUUCUUUUUGUGUUCUCGGUUAUUACUCGAUCUAUAUGGCCCUAAACACGUCAUUACGGUUCCUCCCGAUCCAUUAACGGUGCUUUUAGGUACCUCAAGUACCGUCCUCGCCGAACCCAUCGCUUGCGACGAAGGGCUUGACGAAUAAAAUAACUAUAGACACAGCCCACUGAAUUUCUCGCCAGAUCGUCUAAGUGGGUCGUGUUUCCGAUCCGGUGGUAGAUUCUGCGAAGCACUGCUCUUGCUAGGGCCAGUGUUAGCAACACUCCCGGUUUGAGCUCCGUGAGCUCACCUACACGUCAAGGAGAAGCUGAUGUAGUCUAUCAAGGCUAUCAGCAUAGGUAGGAAAAAAAACAUAAAGAUCUAUAUGAGGUUUAUCAUCUCAUGAACAGCUAAAGGCGGUGGUCGUUUCAAGCACACUCAAAUCAAUACACAUCUUGUAAAUUGAAUACUGUCACGGGAUCGAAUGGUUUAUAAAUUAGAUAGAAGACGAAGAAAUUACUUGUCUCAAUUUACACUGGUCCGUAUUCACCUUUACUAAUUGGUUACCUACUAUUAAACGUGCCUAUUUGAACCGAAGAGGUUAAUUUGUGUAAUUAUGUGUGUCCUUUUUCACCCUUACUUCUAGAAUUAAAAAAGAAAGCUGCAGGAAAAUGUAUUUUCUUUGGUAAUCAACUCUUAAUUUUGCUAUUUUAUAGGUAUAUUUUUAGUGGUCAAAUUAAUAAUAUCAUGGAACCUAUGUCAAACUAUUAUGGUCAUAUUCUUUGAGACUUUGAGAUGCACAUUAAUUUAAUUUACUAUUUUGUUUUUAGUCCUUGGUCAAAAUUGGUAUAUGACUUAUCGCCCGCGUGGUAUUAGGUGGUUACCGGCGUACACGGGCAACGUAACGUUCUCACCACCACCCAGCUUCAGACAUGAGGUCGAAAUCUCAAUUGUAUAGUAAAACGAAUUUCCUACACUUUAAACCGGAACACCUGAUGGCUUUGCAGUCGUUAUGAUAAUCGUCUUAUCGUUGCCGCCGCUGACUACUCCCCGAAUCCUGAUCACGCAGGAGCCAGUAGACACGUUUUUACAGAUCCAAUAACCUGUGCAUUAAACGCCUUCAGCUCUAACACUAGGAGCUGGCUUAGGGACUCCGGUAACCGUACUCAUCGAACUCGACAAAGAGUUCCACGUGCAACUUAACCCAUGCAUCAGCCCGCUGAGUUUCAUGCCGGAUCUUCUAAGCGGAUCGUGAUUUCGAUUCGGUAGUAGAUUCAUCCGCGAAGCUACUGCUCUUGUUAGGUCUCCAUCAGAGGUGCUCGGGCAGCUGUUAGCUAAUCUCACACCCCCUGGACGAGCUUUUGCUAAACAUUCAAUCAUAAAAAAAGCUUUGCAGUAGAAACGGGUACGUUAGUGGUGCCUAUCCGUGCCAGGUUGCAAUUAAGUCCCGUAAAUGUCUUCACGGUAAUUAAACACUAAAUGUAAUGAUGAAAACUCACCAAAGUCGAGAUAUCCUUGAGCUUACGUACUUAAUAUAGAAGUAGUUACAUAAUAAAAAAGUACAUAAUAGAAAAUUGUUAUGCAUUCAGCAAAAUAUUACGCAUAAUAUUAUGCAGUUUGUUAGCGACCUUGUGGAACGUGAUCACUAGACGACCUCGUAUUUUAACGAACCAUAACGAUCAAAACUUAUUAUAUUAUUUUAUUUUUCUCAAAAGAAGAGUCGAAACUUUAUAAAAACAUUUUUGAAUGCUAUACUCAAAACAAAAAAUUGCACGUCUUUAAAACUAAAUAGAACAUUUUAGAUCCAUUUUGCUUUUCUGAAUAUAUCGAGGAUUGAAAGAAACGAGGAUUGCCUUGCAAAUAAAUGAGAUUAUUUUUCCCAAAAUGAUUUCAUUGAAUACGGUGGCGAACGAGUUCUUCAAAAUUUUGCAAGCGUCUCAGUCUUCGUGGUUAGUUCGCUGGCUGCUUAAUGCCCUUGCUUUAUCCCAAGCAAUUCAACCCAAUGGAUGGCCAGAGAACUAUAAACCAUUAGACGGAGAAAGAUUUAACUUCAUCGUAGUCGGAUCUGGCUCUGCUGGUGCUAUUGUUGCAACUAGAUUGAGUGAAGUUCCACACUGGACUGUUCUGUUAAUAGAAGCUGGAGGUGACCCUCCACCAACUAGUGUGGUUCCAAGUCUGUUUGCAACUCUCUCAAACACUGAAUACGAUUGGUCUUACAAAGCAUAUCUUGAUGAAGGGGUUGGUGAAACUCAUCCUGGUAGAGCAAUUUUUAUGACCAGAGGUAAAAUGCUUGGAGGAAGUUCGUCCAAUAACUACGAGAUAUACACGAGAGGCGUCCCUCAAGAUUACGAGGAAUGGAAUCUAGAAGCUCCUGGUUGGGACUGGAACACUUGUCUUUAUUAUUUCAAAAAACUUGAAAAUAUGACUGAUAUUUCAUUAUUCCAAAAUCCUUAUAAUGCUCAUCUUCAUUCUACCAAUGGGCCUGUAGCCGUUAGCAGGCCAGAAGAUAAUGCGUAUAGUUUAAAAAUAAAUGAAGUCAUGUUGAAAAGUUAUGAAGAAUUGGGCAUCAGAAGAGUUUUGGAAAACAAUGGCCCAGAAAUAGAAGGAAUUUCAAGGCCUCAUUUCACUUUUGCUAAUGGUAGAAGAUCCAGUACUGCUGAAUCGUAUCUAAGACCCACAAAAGGUAGACCGAACUUGUUUAUUGCAAAAUAUGCGAGGGUAGUUAAAAUUUUAUUGGAUCCCUACACCAGAACUACUUAUGGUGUUAAAGUUAUGUUACAAGAUGGUAAUGUUAUUAAUCUAUUUGCUGAUUCUGAAGUUAUUUUGUCAGCAGGAACAAUCGAUAGCCCUAAAUUGCUAAUGCUUUCUGGCAUAGGACCCCAUGAAGUUCUGCAAAAACAUGAUAUCGAUACAAUCGUAAACUUGCCAGUGGGUAAAAACAUGCAAGAUCACGCAUAUGCGCCUAUUCUUUUCACUGGAAAAGCCGGACUGUCUAGUAUAAUUCCUAAUCUUGUUCUUGCCACUCAAUUGGAUUCGUUUCCAAUUCCAAUACAAUCCGGUUUCUUCAGUUUGGGAGGUUCAGUUUCGCAGAGUAAGCCGGAUUUCCAAAUUUUUAGUCAAAAUAUUGGAGCAUCGGCUUCAGUGUUGAUCAGGUAUGGUUGCUCGGCGAUAACCAAUUACAAUGAUGAGUUUUGUUAUUCGCUUGCAAAGCCAAAUAAUAUUAGGGAAAUUAUUCUGGCGUCAGUUCUAUUACUACAUCCGUAUUCAAGAGGACAAGUUAGUUUAAGGAGCAACAAUCCUCUCGAUGAUCCAAUAAUUGAAUUAGGAUAUUUCAGAGAUGAUUUUGAUUUACAUAAAUUAACCGAAGGUCUAAAAUUUAUAAGUAAUCUAGUCAAUACAAGUUAUUUAAGGAAAGUCAAUGGAACUAUACCAAAGCUUGCUGUAUCUCCAUGCAAAGAGUUCGUCUGGGGCUCAGACGAUUAUUGGACAUGCUACGUCAGAAAUGUAGCUGGUUCUCUGCUUCAUCCAGUUGGAACGUGUAAGAUGGGGGCUGACGGAGUAGUCGAUGAGAGAUUAAAUGUUCACUCCGUUAAAGGAUUGAGAGUUGUGGAUGCUUCUGUUAUGCCAAAAAUACCAAGUGCGAAUAUUAAUGCACCUACUAUGAUGAUAGGAGAGCACGCGUCUGAUCUCAUCAAAGAAGAUUACGGCGUAUUUUCUAGAUGACAUUAAUAUGUCAUAUGUUAAUGAAGUUUGAAUAAUAUUAAUCAUACUAGUGAAUUUUAAAAUAAUUAUAAUUAAUUAUAAUUAACGCUAUUAUUAUCAGGCCAUAAAUUAAAUAGUUUAUUUUCAAUGUUAAAUGUUUGUGAUGUUGCAGUACUUUUUUAAAUAAAUAAAUAAAUUUUGUGCAAUUUAAA